AAAAUAUAAAGAAAUAAAAGCUAAAUUCAAGAGUAAUAAAGAAGAGUAUAAGCAACUAAAUCUAAUAUUAGAAGAAGUACUAAUAAAAAAAGCAAAUAAAAUGAAUAGUGAUAAGCAAAAAGAGAUGCAAAGAGUAGAAAGCCAGAAUACAAAUAAAAAAGAAAGAGAAAAGCAAGCAAAAAUAAAACUAGAAGAAAUAGAGAGAAAAAGAGAUGAAUUAAGAGAAGAACAAGCUAAGAUCCAAAUAAACUAG